UUGACUUUUGGAAGCAAUGAACGGUUCUUAUGUCAAAUCCAAAUGUUUUGUUGUGCUGACGAAGGGAUGCUGCGUCCAAGGGGAAAAGUGAUAUGAAGUAGUUGUUGUUUAGCCACGAGGGCUCCGAUGACCAUUACUGCGCCAAUUACUGUUUAGCGCUCUAAAGCGACACCGACAGUCAAUGAUAGGACCAUAUUACCUUCCAGGUGCUUUCACGCGCAGCCGCCGCACGCUGUGCCAAAACAGAAAGUAUAACGGGGUCUGAUUACACAGGAGGGAGGAUGGUGGCAGAGAUGGCGAGCUGUGGCGCGGCUUGUCACCUGGAGGACGGAGACGGAGAUAUCCCUGCGCUGGAAAACAAAGAUAAUCUGACAGAAAGUGACAGCAGUAGUCCAGAGAACACUGGAACGUCCACUGAGGAGAGCUCGGACGAGGAUGAAGAGGAAGAUGAGGAGUCUGAAGCCUGUGCUGAGAAGGAUGGAGGAGAGGAAGACGCCGAAGCAACCGAUGCAGAGGAGUCUAAAGAUGAGUCAGUCGCUGGACCUGAAGCAGAGGUUUCAAAUGGGAAAGAUGAGAGGCAAUUCAGACUAUGCUGUGAAAAAUGCAAAGCCAUCCAUCAGAGCCAUGGCAAUGAGCUUGUUACCCCCAGGAGAAUCUCCAAGGGACGAUUACAGGUGCAGCUGGAAGGAGAGGGAACAUACGAAUGCUCUGUCACCGGCCUGGUGUUUGAAGCAUCGGAGCGGGUUCUCGUAAGGUACUCAGUCUUGUCCUGGUCUAAGUUCGGCGCAUUCCUCCAGGACUCCUGGAAGUUUGCGGGACCCAUCUUUAAUGUGGACACCAUCAACAAGGAUGCGUCUGUCCUAAAGUCCAUCCAGUUCCCUCACUGCCUCUGCCUCGCUGACCCAGAAAAUGAGAUGACAUUCAGUGUCCUACACAUAAAGGACAACUGUCCACGCAUUGAGCCGACAGUGGACCACUCAGGUAGCCAUGUUAAGUGGAAUGUGACGUCCCUGUCACCCGUGGGCCCCAUCAUACAGACGAGCCAGUCUGUAGAGCGCCAUGGGGUGGUCCUGGUCUACAAGCAGCUGGGGAGUGACAACAACAACUACAGUUUCCAUAUCUACCUGGCCACCAACAGCUCGUCCGACAUCAAGGAUAUAUGCAAACAAGUGCGGGCCUACAAGAAUCGUUACAUUCGGAUUGACAAGCCUCCCACAUGUAAACUGGAUGAAGGGACGUAUCGUCUCCUGAGCGAGCCAGAGGGAGACAUCAAACCUCAGGAUUUGAAAUUCACCCUUGCAGUGACUAAGAUGAAAGGCUACUUUGAAGCUUUCUUUGAACAGCCUCCUCCCUUUAAAUUGUCUCUUAUAGAGAUUGACUCUGAGGAGACUGUAUGGUCUGCCACCAUCAGAGAAGGUGACUGUGUGGAUAACACGGAAAAGAAGCCAAGGAAAAGGACAAACAGCAGACAGAGGAGCAGCAGCCCCUCAGAAGACGAAACGGCCUGUAAAAGACCUCGAUGGCAGGAUGAGUCAGAUGGAAUGAAGACAGUGAUGACUCAGGUCCAGGACAUGUCAGAGAAGCAGCUACUGCAGGUGGCCAAGCGACUCGGGAAGGAGUGGAAGCAGGUGGCCAUCUAUCUAGACUUGAACUCCAGGGACCUGGAUGACAUCCAGGCAUCUGAGAAAGAUGUGACCAUGCAGAAGCUGAAGAUGCUGGUGGAGUGGAAGAGCAGAAGGCGGCCGGGAGAGGCCACGGCAGGCCACCUGUGGAAAAGUGUGGAGGAGCUGGAUGACUUGCCAAAUGAGGUCCGACAGACACUGCAAGAUAUGAUAAACAAUCAAGCAGCUAAAUGAAAGGGAUUUGACCUAAAUGGAUCGUUGGAUAUCUGUUCUUCCAGCAUCAGGAAGAAAAAAGAUCUCAGGAAUACAACAAAACCGAGUUGACCUUUGGACCAAACAUUAUCUCUUCCUUCAGUUUGUGUUUCUCUUUUGAAUAUUUUCUGGACGUGAAACUAAUUGAUGAGUUUUUGUAUUUCUGCAUUUCAUGAAAAGGACCAGUGUCCUAUUUCUGGAUGGGCAUUUUGUUCAAAUGUGGUCCUUUUAUUCUGUAAUGAAUACAGAAUAGACAAGCUGUACCUGAAGGUACCAUUGUGUAGGCAGAAUUUGAUGCUUAGCAUCAUCAGGUUCUGAAAUGACCAGCAGAUGUAGAGGUGUAGAGGUCGUUGAGAUAUUGAGUAGCUAAUUAUGUAGCCAGUAACACAUGUAAAUGUAGGUGCUGCAGUGUUGAAACUGCAAGAAUCAGGAAAAAUCCAACCUGUGUAUCUUGUUUCACUUUUAAAUGGGAUUUUUUAUAAAAUAAUUAGGCAUUACAUCACAUGCAUGUGACUGUCCAACGCAUUGCGGACUGAAUUACUGAACCAUUUUGUGUGUCAUAUGUUUUUAUAUUUAUGCACACUACGUCCUGUACAUAUCUUUUUAUUUUUUUUAU